AUGAAAGGGGCCAUGCGAGUCUCAGUCAUGUUCCUUCUGGUGACUGUGUCGGACUGUGCCGUGAUCACCGGGGCCUGUGAGCGGGAUGUGCAGUGUGGGGCGGGCACCUGCUGUGCCGUCAGCCUGUGGCUGCGUGGGCUCCGGAUGUGCACCCCGCUGGGGCGGGCAGGAGAGGAGUGUCACCCGGGCAGCCAUAAGGUCCCCUUCUUCAGAAAACGCCAGCACCACACCUGCCCUUGCCUGCCCAACCUACUGUGCGCUAGGUGCCCGGACGGCAGGUACCGCUGCUCCAUGGACUUGAAGAGCAUCACCUUCUAG